GCUCUCAGACCCAGGAUGGGACUGCCAUUUCAGGAAGGGCACUCCCCUCUGUGCCCGGGAGUGAGUGAGUGAGACAGAGAGAGAGAGAGAGAGAGAGAGAGAGAGGGUGAAGGUGGGGACAGAGGAGGAGCGAAGGAGAUUCAGUGAACAAUUCCCUCAGCCAGACCCACCUCUUUCCUGCUGCCAGUCAGUCCAAUAAUAAAUCAACAGCUAGCUGGGGAAGUCCCUCUGUGCUAUUUUCUUUCAUUUUAACUUCCGAAGUGUUCAUUGUGAAUUUGUACUGAGUGUGUGUGUGUGUGUGUGAGAGAGAGAGAGAGACGGAGAGUGAGAGAGAGAAAAACAGAGAGAGAGUGAGAGCCAGAAAAAGAGACAAACAGAGGGAGAAAGACAGAGACACACACACAGAAAGACAGACAGAGAAACAGAGAGAUAGAGAGAGCAAGACAGAGAGUGGGAGAGACGGAGAGAGAGAGAGAAACAGAGCAAGAGAGAGAGAGGGGGGAGAAAGACAAACAGAGAGCAAGAGAGAGAAACACAGAGAGUGGGAGAGACGGAGAGAGAGAGAGAGAGAGAGGGAGAGAAAGACAAACAGAGAGCUAGAGAGAGAAAGAGAGUGGGAGACAGAGAGAGAGAAAGAGAGGAGAGACAGAGAGAGAAAGACAGAGACUGGGAGAGACAGAGAGAAAGAGAGAGUGAAAAAGGCAGAGAGACAAACAAGGAGAAAGAGAGAAAAAGACAGAGACAGAGAGAAGGAGAGAGUCGAAGAGAGGAGAGAGAGAGAGACAGAGAGGAGAGAGCAAGAAAAUAGAGAGAGAGAGGAGACCGAGAGAGAAUUACAGACACAGGAGUGAGAGAGCGAGAGAGGGACAGAGAAUUAAAGAGAUACAGAGAGAGAUUGAGACAGAGAGAGUCAGAUAGAGAGAGAGACAGAGAGAGAGAAACAGAGAGAGAGAGAGAGAAACAGAAAGAGACAGACAGGGACAGAGAGAAGCAGACAGAGAGAGAGAGAGAGACAGAGACAGAGAAAUACAGAGAGAGAGGCAGACAGACAGAGAGUGAGAGAGAGAGAGAGACAGACAGGGACAGAGAGAAGCAAACAGAGAGAGAGAGAGAGAGAGAGAGUGAGUGAGAGAGACAGACAGGGACAGAGAGACACACUGCCUAAGCUGGUGGUCUCGCUGUUUGUGGUGGAGGUGACCUGAGGGACUCUCUCUCUCUCUCUCUCUCACUCUCGUUGCUGUGUGGGCUGACCUGCUGGUGCUCCAUGUUCCCACAGCCUCGGGCACGAUUAACCCCUUCAUCGCCAGCUAAGCCAGCCUACUGACCCCCCCUGUCUGUGUGUGGGUGUGUGUGUGGGUGUGUGUGUGGGUGUGUGUGUGGGUGUGUGUGGGUGUCUGGAGAGAGAGAGAGCGGGCUGGCUGGUACCCUCCCCACCGAGAGAAGGUGGCACCUCUCCCGGUACCCUCUCACCCCACGCCCCGCGGCCCGCCCCUCGACCCCCCGCCCGCUCCCAUGUGCGUGGACCCCUGCUGCCUGACCCCCACCGCUGGACUCCUGGCGCCCCCUGCUGCCGGGCGCAUGGAAGGGCAGACCCCUGCUGCCCCCCUGGACCUGAGGACGCGGAGGGCGGAGGAGGGGGCGGAGGCCGGGGGGCCCCACUGGGUGGGGCGCUGCAGGAGGAGGCCCAGGGCCCGCCAGGAGGGGGCGCCGGAGCCCCCGGCCGGAGGGGGAGGGGGCGAGGAGGCACCCCCUCAGGGGGGAAGGGCAAGAGACGGGACCCGCAUCCCCUUACCCCCCAGGAAGAGGCCCUACCGCCAGACCGAGGAGGGGAAGACCCCCACUGCUCGCGAGGAGGAGGAGAGCCGUCCCGCGCCGCCUCCUGCAGUUGACCAGCCAGAGCUGCCCAGGCUCAAAUUGGAACCCGGGGUGCCCCCAUUCUGCCAGCGUGGAUUAAGGACCCCUUUCCUGUUGCCCACGUCCAAUGGAUACCCCCUGGUGGAGUCCAUCUACCUGCCCUACACACUCCAACUCCCGUACUACCCAGGCGUGAGCCAGCCGUGCCUGCCACACUCAGCGUUCCCAGUCUGCCCCGUGCCAACACACCCCCUGACCCUUGGAGGCGUCCCCCGGGAAUUCCGGCCCGGGCCCUGCCACCUCGCCCGCUCGCAGGAGGAGCUGCUGGCCUCCGACAUCGCCAUGGCAACCAGGCAGGAUGAAGACGGUGACACGCCCCUGCACAUCGCUGUGGUCCAGGAGGACAGCGCAAUGGUCGAUAAACUCAUCCAACUCCUGCAGCUGGGGAGAAAGGACCUGGAUAUUUACAAUAACCUUCGACAGACUCCCUUACACUUGGCCGUCAUCACAAAACAGUUCAAUGUCGUGCGGACGUUAGUGACCAACGGAGCGUCGGCCUCCCUCCUCGAUCGCAACGGGCAGACGGCCGUGCAUCUGGCGUGUGAGCACUCGAGCCUGGAUUGUCUCCGCGCCCUGCUGCUGGACGUGAGCCACCAGAGACCGGAUCUGGAGAUCAGGAAUUACCAGGGUUACACACCGUUACACGUCUCUGUGAACAGUUACCAGAAGGAGAUUGUGGAGUUCCUCCUGGAGCAGGGAGCUGACAUCGAUGCCGUGGACAUUAAGAGCGGGAAGACACCCCUGGUUCAUGCAGUCGAGAAUAACUGCAUGGACAUGGUCAGAUUACUCCUACAGCACGGAGCCAAUGUGAACCUCCAGACGUAUUCGGGGAACACAGCUCUGCAUUGCUCUAGCGGCCGGGGUUUCCUGGAGGUGGUGAAGGUGUUACUGAAGAAUGGAGCAGACAGCAGCGUUAAGAAUUGCCACAACGACACCUCCCUGAUGGUGGCGAAGAACAAAAAGGUGAUUGACAUCCUGCGAGGGAAAGCGUGCCGGCCCCUCCCUCAGCCCUCGCCCAAUCAGCGGGCUCCGUGCAGCGUGAUAAAGGGGUGUCCCUCUCCGGGAAGCAAGUCAAACUCACCGCUCUCCACCUCUUACGCCACUCGCUGCCCCUCGCCUGGGGUCGACCUGAAGGCCUCACCUCAGCCGAUGGACACCUGCAGCCCCCCUCCCUCGCACCGGCCCCCUGAGGCUCAGUUACCCUCCUGGAGGAGGUCACCCCCCGUCGGCGUCGCCAACAGGAGCCACUCCGAGACGGUCGUGGAACAGGGACUCACGCCCUCGGGCCUAGGGGAGAUGGCAGACUGCCUGGCCCGCUCUGAGGCCCCCAGGGUGGGCUCCGUUCCCGGGUGCUACCACCCCCAGCCUGCCUUCCCUUGGACCUUGUGCCACCCGGGCGCCCCUCCCUCCGCCUUCCGGACCAUGAGGGAGGAGGAGGCGCUCAGAUUCCCGGCGCUCCGGCCUUGCGCCCUGCGCCUCCUCACACCUCCUGAGGGGGAGGCCCACCUCCCUCAGCCGUCCCACCGAAACCCGGAGCUGAACAAGCCCUUCAGGGAUGUCUGGCUGGAGCCUCAGGGGAGGCUGUGCGGCCAGAGCAGGGAGGACGUGCACUUUGACCUCAACGCCAAUGCCAACACGGGGAAAGGCGAGAGCUGACCCACGGGACGGGUCACCUCAAGGACAAACAAACUGUGCUGUAAAUAUUGAUUUCAUUGGAUUAUCCGCCUGUGUCAUCCAUGGGAGAGAGAGAGAGGAGAGAGGCCUGUUGAUUCCAUCCACUCGGAUUUUAAACCCCGGCCAAAAGAGGCAGUCAUCUCUCCUCAAAUAAACCGUGUAGAUACUGUU